AUGUCUCCAACUCCCGACUUGAUUUCCGGUCAUCUCGACCACCUUACCCCCGAACAGGAAGCAAAGCUGCGUGAACUUUGGACCAUCAUCCUCACAUCUGUUGCGAGUGUUCUGUCGGCAGUCUGUGAAGUCCCGAUCCCAGAAGAUCAUCCAAGCAAGCUGUUUGAGGCACUGGACAAAAUCAAUGAGCCGACAGUUGAUGCCAUUAUAAAUGCAUUGAAGGGCAUAGACAGAAAUGUGCAGACUUCAGAUGGGGCCGCACCUGUGAAUCUAAAUGGCGGGAUCAAUGGCGAAUCUACCAUGAAAGCCCAUGUCGACAACAUAGAACAGAAAUCUCUCGGCAAGGUGGACUCGCUUAUGAGCAAAAACGCCCAAGAAACCAUCAUCUCAGAAAUGGCCAAUCGAAAGAUUACUGCAGAGCACUUUGGUUCGCUUUUCUCGCUCCUGCAAAGGCUAGGCGUCCACGAGGGGGAAUUGAAGUCCAUGGAGCAUAUUCUGUCUGAUAUGACACCUCAGGAAAUGUGCAUUACGAUUUUGAAGAUGAACAAGCAGGAAAGUCCGGAUAGUCUGUUACUCCGAUUCCUACGGGCCCGGAAGUGGAAUGUCGGUAAGGCAUUUGAAAUGUUGACUGCGAAUAUUCUUUGGCGCAGGGAAGCAGAUGUCGAUAACGAGAUUGUACCCUGGGGAGAAAGAUAUGCUUUGGAGCAAUCCCGCAGUAUGAAGGCUUCCCCGAAGGAGAAGAAGGCAGGUGCCGAUUUUAUCAACCAGCUCAAGGCUGGUAAAAGCUUCCUCCAUGGCGUUGACAGGGAUGGUCGACCUGUUAUCUAUAUUAGAGUCAAGAUUCACAAGCCAGGUGAUCAGAGCGAGGAGGCUCUUGAGCGGUUCAUCAUUCAUGUUAUUGAGUCAACAAGACUCAUCGUGGUACCUCCAGUUGCAACCGGGACAAUUGUAUUCGAUAUGACAGGGUUUGGAUUGUCCAACAUGGAUUUCCCACCAGUCAAGUUCAUCAUCAGAUGCUUUGAAGCAAACUACCCCGAGUGUCUGGGUCUAUUAUUGAUCCACAACGCACCCUGGAUUUUCUCCGGAAUUUGGAAACUCAUCCACGGCUUGAUGGACCCUGUCGUUGCUUCCAAAGUGCAUUUCACCCGAUCGGUCGCCGACCUAGACGAGUUUAUUCCUCGCAACAAGAUUCCCAAGGAGUUCUCGGGCGACGAAAACUGGAGCUAUGACUAUGUCGAGCCUGUGAAAGACGAGAACGCGACCAUGGAGGACACCGACACACGCGAUUCGCUCAUGUACGACCGUAUGCUGAUUGGUAUCCGAAUCCUCGCUGCCACUGCGGCCUGGGUGUCUGCCAGCUCGGUCUCAGACGGAGGGAAAGAGGCCUCGAAGGUGGAGGAGCUCAAGUCACGACGGAAUGCUGUUAUCGAUGAGUUCCGUCUCAACUACUGGAGACUCGACCCUUAUAUUCGAGCUCGGGGGUUCAUUGAUCGGACUGGUAUUCUUUUGCCUGGUGGUGUGCUUGCGGGUGAUGCUAGUGAACUGAAGCGCUAUCUCCUCUCGCACGUCUUCCUUCCUCCGAGGCUGCCCCAGAAGGAUGAUUAUAGCGCGACCCUUGAAGGUCUAAUGCUAAAUGAGAUCCUCGAGGCAUUGCGCAAGUUUGGCGCUCUCGUGUCCAAAGAAGAUGCUAUGACUGUGACCAUGGCCAUCGACAUGAUCAGUCGUUUGAAGUCUAACCAUGGUCUCAGUGGGGAUAUUAGUGAGAGCGAGCUGAUCAACGCUCUGAAAGACUUGAAAGGUCAUGGUGACAAUCUUCCGAUCUAUGUUCGAGCCCAGAACGCCGGGAUCCUGAUGACCCACCGUGGCCAUGUAGUCGAGAUAGAGUCCUUCGAGCUAUCUGCACGUAACGAAGCUAUCAUGGCUACGGCGGGUCGCCUUCAGCGACAGUUCCCUGGUCCCACCCUUGCGUUGGAAAUCGGAACAUUCGAUGACCCAGACUUCCAAACCGAGUUAGCACGCAUGCUCUCCAAAAUGAGCCACCAGCCCGUGACAAACACGCUGUUGAAGGUGAAGAAGGCUGGCCAGUAUCAUGAUGAGGACCGAGACACCGUUCACCCAAAGAUGGUCACCGAGUUCCUGAUGGCCCUUCUCCGCCCUCGCUCCCAAGAAGUACAGUCGGUCCAGAUAGCAAAGAACACCAGGGAGGAGGUCAUUUGGCAAGAUUGCAGAUCACCAUGGCGGCGGUCUGCCCUGUGGCUUUUAGUUCGUGUUGCCCUUCAGUUGACCUUUUCCAGGUUUUCCUUCCAACUGGGCCCCGACAAAUUGUACAAGGGAUUUAUGGUGUUCUUCAUGGCUCAUGUCUUGAGCCUGCCUUGUCCCUCCAUGUCCAGCGAGGAUUUGCAGCUGAUGAUGGCAAAGGUUGGUCGGCGUUUGCUCAAAAUGGAUAUCCAGGACGAGCCUGAAUGGUUCGGAGCUGUACAAGAAGCUCUGCGCCGAGCAAAUGGCACUAUCCAAGGGCGAUGGGAAUUGAUCAAUCGCCAGAGUGACUCUUUUGUGACAACAGAUAUGUUGGUCGGAUCGUCCUUCCAUGCAGAUACCUGUUUUCCGUUGCCUGCGCUAGACAGCUACCUGGAGACCAACAAACGUCGUGUCUACGAGCAGCCAGCUGUUUGCACAACGUACCAGCCACGGUCGAAACUCAUCAACUACCAUACGCAGGAGCUCCCGUCUGAUCUGCCUUUGGAUUGUGGUGAAUACCAAAUCCACAAUAUCGCUGCGUUUGAGAAUUGGGUGGCAUUGAAUCUCAACGCAUGGCUCGAUCGCAACCUGGACGAUGGGCGUACCUGCAGUCGGCUUCGUGUGUUAAUGACUGUGUAUCACCACACUGUUUCCGAGUCCAGUGGCAACAAUCCUGAAGCAGUAUCAGUAAUGCUACUAACUUUGUUGGAGCUUUGGAUUGCAUGCGACAGGUCGGCCCUUGUUGCGCAUGAUUUUUUAAGUGACUACGACGCAUGUGUCCCUGCUGAUAUGUUCCAAUCUCUCCUGUUGCCUGUCGAGUUUCAGAUGAUGAGAUUGGCUCGCGCCGAAGAAUAUCUACGCAUACGCCAGCAGAAUAGCAUACACUGUGGAUCUUGUAUUUUCCGAGACUUUGGUACUGCAGCUUGCUUCUCGGUCCGAUACUUUGACCAGUCCCACGGGCAUCAGAGUUUGUACGCACGCAUCCACCAAAAGGCGUCUGAGGAUAAAGAGAAAAAGAUUGUAGAGUUUCGGGACAAGCGACAACUUUGGCAUCAGUAUCAAGAUAAGGCCAAUGAGAUUGAAUGCAGUUACAACGAAGUCAGCAUAUAUGGCAGUCCAGAAUCGUGCCAUAGCGACACCUGCUCCCGGUGCGAUUACGAACGCCGGGCAAACGAGAUGAAUAUCGAGGUUCAUGAAUGGCCUUUGCCCUUCAAUGAACUACAAGCAAAGUCCACUGUUUUUGAGCUCAAUGUGCCUCAAUCGUUUGCUUCUUGGAGGGAUGCCACCAUCUAUUUCCUGGUUGACGUUCUAGGGGCCGGGUAUACCGCCAAGGUACACCCAAGAGCCACAUAUCCUCUCAGAGCAUACAAAGGGCUUCGAGCUUAUUUUUCUCCCAAUAUUGAAAGCCAACGCAUUGUUCUGCUCUCUCAAAUCAAGCCUCAUAUUGGUACGCACCGUCGGGAAAAACCGAUUUCGACUGCAACAGAGGAAGAUGUUUUCCUCGGGAACGGUUUGCAAUUCCAGUAUUUUGACAAUCAUUUGGAAUGCUUCACCGACGAUUUGAAUCACUCAUUCGAUAUCCCCAAGAUGUGCACAUAUAAGUUGCCUCCCAAGAGCUCCUGGUUAGACCAAUUCCUGUUCCGUCCGUCGGGAGAGCCCAAUGGGCCCUCUCCAAACACAGUCAUUGCAACGCAGUCAGUUGCCCCGGAGCAUAUGGCUCUUAGCGAGUAUAAAUCCCUCGCAUCAAUGCCCCUCGGAGUAGAGAUACAGUGGCAAAAUGUUCUCUUGGAGCUCUCUUCGCCGUCAAUGGAUCUCAAGAAAAUUGAGACCGGAAUAUUCUUGCGGCAAGUCAUCCACCAAACUGGCCCGGCAAAAAAGGGCACACAUUUGCGAAAAGCCCAUUCAAUCCUCGGAGAUGAAAGGUUUGCAAGAACGAUACUUGUGCAAGUCAAAAAAGGCUCACAAAGGCUGAAGGAAAACUGGGAGUCAAUCCACGGUCUCAGCAGCUUAAUCUCACUAGUUCUCAGGAUCCUGUCCCUCUCCCCUUCCUCGACUGUUCAUACUAUAUGCUAUGGCCUGCUUCGAUAUCUACGUAAGAUCGCUUGUCACUGGAUUGAUUCGAUUAAGGACAGGGCCAUUGAGUCGGACAAUGACAUGAGCAAGUCUGAUUUGAUCGCAAAAUGUGUUCACAUCUCACUGGUGUGUACGGAGACAUUCGGCGCAGAAGAUCUAGGUCCAAUAUUUGCCAACUCAUCAGAUGUGUCGAUCUUUAUUCAGUGCUGUAUACUGAUUCAUGACUGGAAGGACACCUGUACCUUUGAAUCUGAUCCUGCUUUAUGCAGUCUGUAUCAUCGAUGGCAAAAUCUGGCCUAUCGCUGUCAUAAUGUGCUGGCAGAUAAAGUCAGCCUUCAAAGAGACGAAGGUCUAGACAUGGCCAUCCAAAAAGCCUGGACAGCAUAUCGGCCCGCAUCGGGUUGGUCUAAAAUACUGGGUUGGGAUGAUUGCUGGCUCGUAUCUAGACGGCCGUCUCAGCAUGGUCCUGAAACAGGGAGUCUUGUGCAUUUCAAUUUGUUGACGGGUGAGCUCCUUGUGAAUGGUUUUCCACUCUCUCGGCUGCCAGCAGAAUAUGAUGGCAACAGCUCCUACAGAACUUUGUUUGGAAAUUCUCACUUAGAUGUGAUGCCCAGCGAUGAUCCAAAAAUGCACUUCGCUUGUCAAAGACCACAUAUGGGACAUACUGUUUAUCUGAAGAUGGAGGAUAUCCCUGGUACAGGUGCUUCUCGGCUUUCUGUCAAGGCAAUCAAUGAGAAUGGGACCUGGGACCUUGUUCCGUCAAAACUUCUAGUAGGUCUAUUGCCUCAGAGUUUCAUUGACGACUUCGUCCACUGGUACAACAUCGAAAAAGAUUGUGUGGAGUUCCGGCAAAAGGACGCUGCCUGGCAGGCUUCCCAAAAUGAUUGGAGGUUACAAAGAGACAAAUCCUCAGGCAUGUGGUGUAUGUUUCAACAAGGAAGGAACUUGCUUGGGAUGAGAACACCAACCGCGCAGUCCGUUUCUGCAAUAUUUGCGCCCAUUGAAAGGAAAGCGGCAAUACAUUGCAGUCUACAAAGUUCAAUUGGUGACUUGCACAUUGAACUUCCAUGUCUGCGACUGGGGUUCAACGUGCACCCAAACUGCUCUUCUCUAUGGUGUCAGCAGUAUCCAGGAAUGGUCAUCGAUCCUAACCAGACAUUGGAUACCUUGACUGGCCUGCAAAGCAAGAUGGUGCUCAUAAAUCCCCACACAAAAGAGCGAUUGUUGUUGAUUCCAGAUGGCGAUAUAAGCUGGGAUAGGAAUGGAGAGCAUAUCAAUGUUCAAAUUACACGUGGACCAGGAAGCAAACUUCAUGCCUACUGGAUUGACGACCAUCUGGGAAGACUAGUCGAUAACGGCAACAUUGGAAGCAAACUGUUGCUUGCCUAUCUACACCCCUUGACCUCUUUCUGCCUUCCAGAUCUCUUGACGGCUAGAACUGGAACAGAGCAAGGUCUUUCGAUCCUGCGCUCGGCGUCCGUCAGAUCUUUCGACCGUCUCACUCAGGGGGACCGGAAGAUGCUCGCAAAAAUUGCAGCACUCACCCCCGAAAGACGAUACUACCCUUCAGAUGAGCGAAUUAUGCAAAAGGUCUCGUGGAAAAACAACCUCGCCAGCCUGUGUCAGCACAACGACUUUCACAAAGAGGUGGAAGAGAUCUUCGAUCAAGAUCGCCGUAUGAAUAUCUUUUACCCGGACGCGGAUGCGACUUAUCCGCCCCUACCAUUUGUUGACAAGCUGCUCUUGAUGCGUGAUCGAAUCCGUGUUUCUGCAUUUCAUCUCUCAGGAUUCGGAGCAGAGAACCACACAUCCGAUUUGGAUCGUCCAUACAAAGCCUUGGAUGCUGCGCGAAACUCUUCUGGUGCAAAUCGAGUCUAUUCAAUAUGUAAAAUGCUGUACGAUGAACACCCUCGCAUUCGAGAGAUUGUGGUACAGGACACAGUCCAAGACCUUUGGAGGGCUUUCUCGAAAAUUGAUACUGUGCAUGGAACCAGUGUCAACAUCGACGUUUCGGUGAUGAGGUAUGACUCGGAAUGGAUCCAGAAUCCAGUUGAAUUUAUUCUCAGUCAUUGGUGUGGCCUUCAUGAGUUCAUUCGCUCGCGAAGGUCCUCAUUGAACAAAUUCCAGUUCAUGGCCUGGCUUUCAAGUAUGGCAUUCUCAGAUGAUACCGAGUUGAUUCUUCUUGAAAUACUAGCUUUUCUUUUCCUAGCUCAUGAAAUUGCUGAUGUAUCACCGCCUGUCCGAGAAUCCUUCUCCCCGCGGGAAGAUUGUGGGUUGGAUCGGAAUGCCCUCAGAACACAAAUCAAAACAGCAUACAGUGGCAACACGCCAGAAUCUAAAUUCACAGCCAGAAGUAACGAGACAGCUUCCCAACUCAAAGCCCGAAAAAGACAGUCACUGAAGAUGAAUCGGGAAAUCGUUACGGAAAGGAUGAUACGGGAUCUGGAGUCCCAGUGGCCAACCCGGUCACCCGCAUCUCCCAACCUACACGACGUUCCAAAAUGCACCGACUAUUUCAACAUAUCAAAAGUGACGGUGUGUAUACGGAAACUGUUUGCAACCUGGCAUGACAAUGCAGAGCUCCGAGCCUAUCUUAUCAAUUUCAUGGCACGAAUCAGCUGCGAAACAGCCUGUACUAUCAUAAUGCCCUCCUAUAACCCUGGAAUCCCAGCACAAUCAAAAAAGCAGACACGCACUUUUGUCGGGCCUAAUGACUUGUUUUGUGAGUUCCCCAUUUUAGAUUUGGCAAGGCCAGAGUUGGAAAGCUCUUUCGCAGAAUCCCGGGUGCGAAAGAGACAGUAUCCCCGUCUCUCGGCUUUCAUACAGUCUCUAGACUUGCAAGCUACAUCUCAGUAUGAGAGAGAGUACGUUGCACACCUGCAUAACAGUGCCACCUCUCUACAACUUUGGGAUAAGGAAGUACGAUUUGUUACCAACGCUAGCGAGCUAGAACAAAGGAUCAUCAAUUAUCUCCAGCAAUGCCAGCUAUACCACGAGAGAGUUUACACCGCGAUUGUCUCUCGGAUAUCUUCAUCAAAUGGAUCGACUAUCUAUUCUCAAGCGAAUGAUUCCAUCAGUGUCAAUAUUCUCAGGACAUUGGCCGACGUAAAUCUGUUGCCAAGGCCUUCGCCAAUGUUUUUCCUUGAGCAACUGUCGCGUUCUCGGUGGUUCCAUCUGUCAGAGGGAUGGAAAAGCUCGCUAUGUUCAUACGCCCGUUCAAUCACAGAUCUACAACGGGCUAAGCGCCUCUUCAAGCUCAUCGGCAACCCCGAGCAGUUAUUGAGCGAACUCCAAACGCCAGGUCAUGCAAACUGGAAGCCGAUCGAUCACCCAGAAUCAAUUUUGCUAGAGAUAGAGAACGAUAUCAUGAUACGAAGCAUUCAAGAGGAGACCGCCAGCUACAUGAGAAACCUUGAGCCUGGAGAGAAUGUCGUGACGCAGUUAAACAUGGGCGAGGGCAAGUCGUCCGUGAUUGUCCCCAUCGUUGCAGCAGAUCUUGCGAAUGCCUCUCGUCUCGUUCGUGUGCUUGUGGCGAAACCGCAAUCCCGCCAAAUGUCACAAAUGCUGGUCUCCAAGUUGGGUGGCUUACUGGGCCGCCGCGUGUACCACAUGCCAGUGUCGCGCUCUCAUAAGCUUGGCAGCAUGGAGGCUGAUGAGAUUCUAAGGAUGUGCCAGGAAUGUAUGUCGCACGGCGGAGUUCUACUCACUCAGCCUGAAUACAUACUUUCUUUGAAGCUGAUGUGCAUUGAGAACUUCAUUGGCGGGAAACUCGACGCCGGUCGAUCUCUCUUGCAGUGUCUCAGAUUCUUCCAUGAAUAUUCACGCGAUAUUGUCGACGAAAGUGACGAGAAUUUCAGUGUGAAGUUUGAGCAAAUCUACACGAUGGGAGCUCAAGCCCCGGUCGAGUUCAGUCCACAAAGGUGGGCAAUAGUCCAUGAAGUUUUGGCGAUUCUGCAAAGUCACGCACCUGGUGUGAUACAAGAUUACCCUCACUCGAUUGAGCUGGAGUCCCAGGGAUUAGCUAGAGUCUCUAGAAUACGCUUGCUCCAUCGCGAUGCCGAAAUAGUGCUGAUAGAACGAGUUGCAGCUCAUAUAUGUGCAAAAGGAAUCGUCUCGCUACCAAUGUUCAGACAGCCUGAGACGAUCCGGCAAGCCGUACUCAAGUACGUGACACUGCAAGAUUUGACUCCAGAGGAUAUUGAUGCCGUGGAGAACCCUGUUGAACACAAUUUCUGGACAGAGGAUACCAUGAAUGCACUUCUAUUAUUGCGUGGUCUGUUGGCUGGAGGAGUGUUGGGUUUCUGUUUUGGCCAGAAACGUUGGCGUGUUAACUACGGUUCUGAUCCAAAUCGAUCACCCCCUACAAAGCUUGCUGUGCCAUUCAGAGCCAAGGAUAAUCCUUCCCUCAAGUCUGAGUUCAGUCAUCCGGACGUAAUCAUCAUUCUGACGUCUCUGAACUAUUAUUAUGCUGGACUUGCCGACGAGGAUCUUUUCCUAACAUUCAACCAUCUCGUGAACUCCGACCACGCCGACACAGAGUACCAAGAAUGGGUCAAGGACGUUCCAGGGCUUCCUCUCGCAUACUGCCAACUGGUAGGGAUCAAUCUCGACGACCGACACCAUUGUGCAGCACAUAUAUUCCCUGCCCUUCGAUUCUCAAAAACCGUGAUUGACUAUUUUCUGUCCCAUAUUGUGUUUCCCAAAGAGCUGAGAGGGUUCCCUCACAAACUGUCUGCGUCUGGUUGGGACAUUGGUGAGAUCAAAAAUGAACCCACUGUUGGAUUUAGCGGCACAAACGAUUCACGAAAAACACUACCUCUGAGUGUCAGGCAAUUGGAUCGACUGGAGCAAAGCCAUACCAAUGCUUUGGUUCUGGAUUACUUGCUUCAGCCAGAGAACACCGUGGCUGUGGAGCCGGAUGGAGUAGGACCUGGAAAGUCCAACUCACUGGUCCUGUUUGAUUUGAUGUUGUGCUUGGAUCCUCCAAUCCAAGUGAUCAUUGACGUUGGCGCACAAAUCUUAGAGCUGACCAAUCUAGAAGUCGCAAGAUACUGGUUGGAAUCUUUGCCUAGGGAUGGACCAAUUCAAGCUAUCGUUUUUGUCAAUAACAACGAUGAUAUUUGUGUCCUAGAUCAGAAAGGGGCAGUUGAGUCAUUGCAAAGCUCACCUUUUGCCCGCCAAAUGGAAGCGUGCUACGUUUUUCUCGAUGAAGCACACACGCGCGGGAUUGACUUAAGGCUUCCCCCUGACUAUCGCGCAGCAGUCACACUAGGACCCAACGUAACAAAAGAUAAGCUUGUUCAAGCAUGCAUGAGGAUGAGGAGGUUGGGCAAGGGGCAGUCCGUGGUGUUCUGUAUUCCAAGAGAGAUCCAGUGCAAAAUCUUGACACUCAGUGGGAAACAAAUGAACUCUGAAAUCACCGUCUCAGAGGUCCUUUGCUGGGCAGUGUCUGAAACAUGGUCUGAAACUCGCCAUAACAUGCCUCUGUGGGCAGUUCAAGGCAGGCGUUAUGAGAGGCAACAAGAGGCAUGGCACAAGGUCUACCUCAACGAUUCCUUUGAGUCGCUCAAAAACCAAGUUGGGAGCUUUCUCGAACCCGAAUGUCAAAGUCUCCAACAUCGGUAUCAGCCUGGCUAUGCAGAGAAUCUUGCGUUAAAUGCCCCAGGUAACGGAAACCGAAAUUUGGACUUGAUUUCUGAUCGCUGCCGUGAGUUUGAGUCUCUCAACUUUGCUCGUUACGCACUUUUUGAAGAACAAGAGCGUGAACUUGCACCAGAAAUUGAACUUGAGCGCCAUGUCCAAAGCCUCGUAGUAAUGAGCCCCAGUGAACAUCACCUCCACGCCGAUUUGCAAUCUUUUGUGGCCACAGGGCACCUUACGCAGCCCUCCGAUGCUUACAAACCUGCUUUUUCCUCACUCGCCAGAACAUCCGUGUCUUCAGCCAUGGAUUUAGACUUCUUAUCAACGGGGCUUCUGGUAACUACUGACUUUGCCACCACCGUCAGUGAUCCUCAUAGGCUGGAAGGAGAGAAUGGCUCUCUAGAUGCAUUCCAACGACCCAUCAGAUGGAUUCUGACAAGCUCAACCUCUCCAUCUUCCGACAAUGUGAGAAGAGUGAUACAAAUGAUAAUCAUCAGCCCUUUCGAGGCUGAGCACCUCCUUCCCGCCAUACGCCAAUCAACCUGCGUCACACUUCACCAGUAUGCACCCCGGCAGAACUUUGCUUUCGAUUCUCUCGACAGGCUCACACUGUACAAUGUUCCUGGGGAUUUGGGCAUCAUCGAGAUUCCCGAUGGACUUCGCAUCCAGCUCAACCUUUUUGCAGGACAGCUUUAUCUUGGCUCGUAUUCCGAGUAUCAGCGACUCUGUGACUUCCUUGGGAUGGCAUCCGUUGCAACGUAUGGCACCGUUCCUGUCGAUGCCGAUGGCUGGAUUUUAGACAAACAUCGACGUCCAGAAUCACCAUUCGACCAAAGCCCGGUAAAGUUUCUGAAAAUUCUCAUGUCACAGAUCCGGAAGGACUCUCGGAAUAUUGCCAGGACCCAUGUUGGACGAAUUCUCAACGGCAUGCUACUAUUGCCGUCCGAUUUCACCAACGCUGCCUAG